GGAGCUCGCCGUGACCUCUGGGUGCUCCCGCCGCCGUACCUCCCCGGCCUGUUCGCGCAGUCUCUGGGGUGGCUCGCCGGGCACCGCCUGCCCCAAGGCAUGUGGCAGAAGCCUGAGAGUGGGACAGCCCUGUCUCCUCCCGCCAAAGGCGAGCAGGAUGGCCGAGACGGCGAGCCCAGGCCCUGGCCGCCUCCCAACGCCAACUGAUCGGAAGGCCGCCUAUUCUGUGCAGUUUCUGCUGGUGGAGACAGGAGGAAGAAACUCAUCGUACACUUCCAAGAAGGUGAAACAUGUUAUCGGUGAUUUGAAGGCUCUGCACCGGAAGAUCGCCUCAAGAGCCGCAGAACCGCGGUACGUUUUUGCUUCCCAGCUGAAACAGCUUCACUGCAAAGCAUCACACAUCUUGACCUACAGAUUAAAACCUGUUGAGGGCUUGUAGGAGGAUCUGGGAAGAGAUGGCCCAAGAUUAGGUCUCUUAGUGAUAAUCGUGGGUCGUAUCUCCAUGAAAGGUAAUAGCACCGGGGAGGCUCAGUUCUGGGAGAUGCUGAGUCGGUUGGGGUGUGCUCCCAUCAAAAGAAUUCUCUUUGGGUCCCCGAGAAGGCUUAUUAUGGAAGGUUUUGUUCAGCAGCGAUACCUUAGACAGGUGCCUCACACCAAUUCAUCGGAAUACGAAUGUUCUUGGAGUCCCCAAAGCAACAUGGAAAUCACCAGGAUGAAAGCCCUAGGUUCGUGGACGGGCUUCAGUACGAGUCAACAGAGCCAGAGCCAUGUCUAUUUAGAGCCAGUACAAGGGCCACCCUUUAGUACUGGUGAGGUCGGGAGGAAGGCCAAUGAGGGCCUAAUAGGUGUCAUUUCUGAGAAAAUUGUGAAACUUUAGUUUUUAGAUCUUGUAUCUUGCUAGGUUUUGUUACUUUUAAGAUAUUAAAUUGCUGUUUCUAAAUAAGGGCAUUCUUUUUUCCUAUAGAAUUUUGUUGUAGAGAUUUGUUCAUUUUGUAAAAUGUGUUAAAAAGUAUUGCAUUUUAUUCUGUGAUUCUGAAUGCACUAUGCAGCACUGUAACGCUGGUCCUUGAUGACUUGAAGGAACUCAGCAGUUUGAUCUGGUAUCUGGGGGAAAAACCUUAUUUGAUGCCAAGCCUCUAACACUUUUUGCGUUUUAUUUUAAAAGGACUGGUAUGUAUUUCUAUUUUCUUAACUAUUAUAGUGAUCUAGAAAAAAUUAAAAUGCAGUAAAUGAGAAGCUUAUCCUGGUGCACCGAUUAAACUUGUUGAACAUCUUUUGUGUGGUGCUGCACAGUUUCAGGCACUCAGGAAUAGAAUGUGCCCUAUGUUUGGUGGGAAGCGUAAAUAAACCGGAAAUUACAAUACAAUGAA